UCAUGCAGAGGAAGAACAGAGCAUAAGCAGAAGAUCUCUGUAUCAGGAAGUCAAUAAUUCAUAUCUGACAAUUAAAAAACAGCAACAAGAUGUUUUAGGUUUCUUGGAAGCCAACAAAAUUGAAUUUGAGGAAAAGGAUAUCGCUGCCAAUGAGGAGAAUCGGAAAUGGAUGCGUGAGAACGUCCCUGAAGACAGCCGGCCAGCGAGCGGGAACCCCCUGCCACCCCGGCUCUUCAACGACAGCCGGUACCUGGGGGACUACGAAGCUUUCUUUGAAGCUCGAGAGAACAAUGCAGUAUAUGCAUUUUUAGGCUUGACUGCACCACCUGGUUCAAAGGAAGCUGAAGCACUGGCAAAGCAGCAAGCAUGAAUUUCAACUGCCUUAAAUGUUCUGUAAAGGGAAUUUCCACAGCUUUUUAUACAAUAGUCCAAUUGUCUCUGCUUCAAGAAAUGUAGAUGUGAUUUCUAACGUUCGAUUGGUGCUUGCAGCGUCCACCGUAUCUAAGACAAAUUUGAACACAAGAUGAAAAUGGGAAUAUAAAGGUUGAGAGUACAGAGUGUGUUCUUACCAAGUUGGAAAGGUAGGAAACUGAAGCAAUUAGACAGGAAUGAUUUUCACGUAGUUUAAACUCUUUUGGCAAUUCAUUCAUUUUAUGUAAACUUCAAGAAACUAUUUUAAUACUAAGAAUACAAAUGGGGUUAUACUGAGAAAUCCAACUAUUUAAAAUAUGGAAAACAAGCAACAGCACCUAAAACCUUGGCAGAUACUAACUGCAGUGCCUGAGUUGCCUC